UGAGUUUCAUAAUUUUUGUCAAUAUACAAAUAGAACAAACAUUCGGUUCACUUCAAACGUCUUUAUUUUCGCCGAAAUUGCAUAAUUUUUGGUCAACUACAUUUCUUGAGCGUCAUUUAAUAUCCCUGGGACUGAGUGCGCUGAAAUGGCAACGGUUAAAUUUCGCCAAUUAAUUGACAUGGCAAUUGGAUCGCCAGAACCGGGACAUGUGAAUUUCUAUGCUCUACAUUGCCUUCUGAAUUGCAUUGCGGAAAAGCUGAAUAUUCUCGAUGACCCCAUUGAAUAUUCAAAAUAUGAAUCUAUGAUUAUGUGCUCUGCAUCUGCCAAAGUAUUCAAUCAAGAUAUAAAGAAUUGUUUUAAUUGUGGCGUAAGAACAGAAGGAGGAUCCGACCGAGAGAGUCAAAACAAUGAAGAAUUAAAAGGAUCGGCAACGGAAGUCACUCCUGGGCCCAUUACGACGCCUGUUGAAAACGAGAACCCACAGGAAGUCGCUCCCGGGCCCAUUGCAACGACUGUUGAAAACGAGGAACCACAACUUCAUGAAAUUGUUGCCGAGGUUGUUGCCAUUUCUCCUCUUCCAGAAGAAAUUGAAGAAGUUGUCCGUAAUUCUGGGACAACAAAGAAAAAUAACAAUCCUACACCAUCUGUUAUAUCUGAUGAAAAUAUGAAAGGACCCUCCUCUGAAAGAAAACAAUCCAAUGAUUAUUCUUCUAAUUAUCGCACAUCCAAGAUAGAGGGACUUGAAAGUAAAGUUGCGGAAUUCGAGGAUCUAUUCGUUGGUGUGACAAUCAUGAAGGACCAAUUGAUGUUGGCUAUCGAACAACUACUACUUUUGACAUUUCUAACCCUUAGCAAAAAACCAGAUGAACAUAGAAUACAUCAACUUUUAGACAUAACGAAGGCACUUCGCGUCGCACGCACCGAGAAUAUCAACAUCAAAAGUUCUCAUCGUUUUGACAUACCCGAAAUACAUUCGUUAGAAUGGCAUUUGUCCGAUUUAGAACUGGGGGAAGGUGUAACAGAGCAGGAUAUUUUGGAGGCACAGUCAUCGUGCACAAGAGCCACUGAACCAAACACUGGAGAGAAACAAUUCAGUCAACACGAUCUAGACGGAUGUUGUUACUCGCCCGGAAAAAUGCUUGACCAGUUAUUGGAACUAAAGGGCGAUUUCUGCACACUCACUAAUAAAGUAAACGAGAUCACGGCAAGGCUGGUCAAGCAGGAACGCCAACAAGCCAUGAUACUUAUUGAAGAGCUCCAGGAGCAAAUGCGCGAUGUCAGAUUCAAUGUAAACAAUUUAACGGAACGACUCGAACGAUCAGACAUCCGUUUGACGAACAACACUCUAAACCUGGAGAACGUCAAGAGGAGUAUUGACUCACUCGUCAGCGAAAAAGUGAGCAAGGCCGAGGUAGAUAUAAUGUUUGCCGAUAAGGUUGACUACGACCAACUGCAGAGAAAAGUAUCACUUGAUCAACUGCUUGAAGUGCAGUGCCGCAUAGAUAAACGUUUCUGCGAAGCUUUCAAACAGAUCAAGGACGCGGACAAAAGACUCGAAGAGACUGCUGAAACUUUGCGCCAAACUCUGGGAUUUGCAUCCAUUGACCGUAUACUGCAAGAAUUCAAGCAGAAAGUCGAAUUAGAAAUUCAAUCAAUACGCGUCUUGUUGCAAAAGUAUGUGGAUGCAACGAACGACGAUUGUGCUGCAGCGGGAGCUCGUAUCAAAGUCCUACAGGACCUGGCUUGUUUGUCGUGCGAUACCACUUGUGUUAUGCGCACCAUGGAGAAAACUAAUGUGGCCAAACUACCCAGUGCACAUGUCUCUCAAAGUUUAAGUCCUCUUAUCACAUACGAGUUGGGCGCCAUUCGCAAAAACGGAGGUCUUCCGCAGACACGACAUGCCGGCGGUGUUCAUACAACCAGUACAGCACGGGAACGGGUCGACAAGGUUUUGCUCAGUGGAAAAUAACACCAACUAUGGUUUAACAUUUAAAUUAUGUCCAUUUCAUUUUAUUUGUUUAUCGGUAUUUACUGUUGAAAAAUAAAUAAUUCGACACGGCAUUUGAAAAUGGA